AUGCUGCUGAGCCCUGGCACCUCCACCCCCUUCUCGGUCAACGACAUCCUGCGGCUGGAGGGCGAGCAAAGCCGCCCCAAGACCUCAACAUUCCUGGGACCUCAGGGGAACCCAGAAAACUCUCCGUACCAGCUCCAGGAUCCGGAACCGUCCGGGUGGGAGGUUCUCAACGCCGAUAGCUGCAGUAGCAACUGGAAGAGGCAUGAAUGUUCAGAGUCUCCAGGAGGUUCCUGUGAAAAGAUCUUGGAAAUAGACGCGGAGCGGAUGGAGGAGCCAAAGCCCGGUCUGAGCGCGGCCUCGCCCCUCGACAGCAGGAACAGGGUGUGUGAGCGUGGCAAGUCUGGCGGCAGCGCGGAGCAGCCCAAGGCGCGGCAGCGGCGGAAGCCGCGGGUGCUCUUUUCGCAGACUCAAGUGCUGGAGCUGGAGCGGCGUUUCAAGCAGCAGAGGUACCUGUCGGCGCCUGAGCGCGAGCUCCUGGCCGGCGUGCUGCAGCUCACAUCCACGCAGGUCAAGAUCUGGUUUCAGAACCGGCGUUAUAAGUGCAAGAGGCAGCGCCAGGACAAGUCCCUGGAACUGGCAGGACACCCCCUAGCGCCGCGGCGGGUGGCGGUGCCCGUGCUGGUGCGGGACGGCAAGCCCUGCCUGAGUCGUGGCGCGCCUGCCUUUCCGAGCGCCUACAGCCCUGCCGCAGCGCCCUAUUCCAGUUAUGGAGGUUACGUGGGCGCCCCCUAUGGUACAGGCUUCGGCGGCAACUACGUGGGAGUGUCGCAGAGCCCCGCGCCGUCCGCACUCCUCGCCCGCGGGGGAUUCGGCAUGGACGGCACUGGCAGUUGCCCGGAGGGCCAUCUGCCCGCCACGCUGCAGGGAGUCAGAGCCUGGUGA